GUUAAAGUUGGUCGUGUAUAUUUACAUAAAGCUGCCUCUCAAAUUUACAUAUUGCGUCUUAUUAAUAAUUCAUAUAAAAUAUAAAGAAAACAUUGAUAUAGCUUUGAAAUCUUGUGUUAUAUUACUACAAAUGCCGCGAAAAAAAAAUAUUGUAUGUUUGAACGUGUCGCUAUUUAGUAAAAUACCGCGUUUGAUUUGUUAUAGAAUAUAACUGCGUUGGAUGAAAUAUUAAACGAGGCGAACAGAGAACUGAUUAAUAUUGCCCGUAAAGACGAGCCAUCCGUGCUAAGGAAUGGAACAUACGCAGGAUUAAGUCAGUCAAACUGGAUGACAGAAGUGGUAAAUGAGCUCUCGACGAGGUGUCCUAAUGUUGCAAAAAUAUUGUCAAGUUUGCUCGAUUGUUCUAUUUUGGAUGCAGGAAAUAAACUACCGCCAAUUUCCCUAAUUUACGGCAUUAUCAUGUUUGUGAGAUGUCAUCACUUGAGCCGCAUUCAAAGAAUCAACACCAUUCUUCUGACAGAAGGGAAAGCAACUAAAAAGGUAUGUUCUUUUAAAUCCAUAUUUAUAAUUUGAAGUUUGUUUGAUUAAUAGUUAGCACAAUAGUCAAUACCGCAAGGUUUUUAACUUUUUGUAGGUUUGAUUAUUUAGAUCUUUGAAUUUCUAACUGUGCUGUUACUAUUAAAACAUAGACAAAUUGUCAUGCAUAAUGCAUUCCUUUUAUUCAGCUUAUGUUCACAAUAGAAGUGAUUAUUAUGAAUGCUAUUUGUUAUUACUGUUGUGUUAAUCAAGCUACAACUAUCAUACUUAUAUUGGUAAACCUUGUAUUAUUUUGAUGUUUAUCCUCUGAAACUUUGAAAAAAUGCAUUUGAAUUUUAGCUGAAAUUUUUUUAAUUACCAGGUAGUGAAAAUAUUUAUUACGAUUCAUGCCAUCAGGGAUACAUAUUUAUACAUGUUAAUCUACUUACUUUUAGUUGAUUGAUCGAUUCAACAAAUAUGGGCUCUGUUUGAGUUUUUCUAACAAAUAUGUUGUGCUUGACGAUAUUGGGAAACAUUUUUUGGAUCGUGCUGUCGAGUUGGUCAAAUCUGGGAUGAAAUUUGUCUAUGUGGUUGAUAACAUAGAUUGGGAAGAGAAAGUGCAUGACAUGAGAGCAGACCAUCAAAACAAGAGUGUGCAUGCAUGUGCAACUAGCAUGGUGUUCAACAGAGUGCCAAGUGACCACUUACCUGACAAUGGUCCACAGAAAGAUAUCGCAACUUGCAAUUUUCGUGAAAUUGUUUCAUUGUCAGAUGCAGAAAUGACAACAAUUCGGAAUCGGUAUAAAGUAUUCAUUGCGAGAAUCCUGGUUCAAAAGUUCACUGAACUAUUUGGUUUAAAGUCCUACAUUCCAGAGGAUCUUGUACUUCAUGAAAAUUCUGAGAAGACAGCUUUGAAAUCCGAAAUUAUGACCCUUCCAGUUCUCAUGAAGGAUGAAAAAAAGUACAGUGACUGUGUGGAUGUUUUGGAUCAAUUGGAGCAAUGGACAGAGGAUGUGUGCAAAGCUAGUGGCAUAUACAACUUUGAUCAAUCUCCAUCUACAGCUUCCCAUCCUAUUGUUCAGGUGCCCACACGCCCAGAUCAACCACGAUCACAUAUCCCACCAGUUGGUUCCCAAACUGAUCCUUUAGAAGGUGUGAAAAUUCCCUGUUUUGGUGAUGAGUUGACCCGAGUAAGGUUUGCUGGAGCACGAGAUCUUCGCUCUGGAUGCCAUACACCCAAACAACGACUGGAUCAUUUGUACCCGUAUCGCAUUGUUGGAUGGCAUGCUAAAAGAAGUUUCUUAAAGUCUGUCUUCAAAAGACUCUACAAGAACUCUGGAAGAGAAGCAGGUACCAUUAGAUACUUCCGAGAGGUACUCAACAGGAGAAAUGUUACAGUCGAUAUAAAACAUUAUGAAGACUGUGAGCAGCUGUUCAUGAGUGUUGGCAAUUGCUAUCUUGUUGAAGCAUUGCUAGAGUUCUUCAAGAUGGAAAAUGUAAACGAUUCUCCAAAGGAAAAUAAUCCAUUGCCUGAUCAAGAGGAUUUGAGUGAAGAAGAAAAAAAAACCCACCUAAUGACUGUCUUAGACAAGUUCUUGGAUGAGUAUGUUUUCCAAGACACUUCAUGCAGCGAUGUUGACAGUUUAGAGGAAAAUAUCUCAGACAACAACUCAUCAGAUGGCAUUUUUAAUUAUUCUGUCAAUCUUCUUCGAUCCUUCAUGGUUCUAUUUGAUUGCAAAGAUGCAGUGGCAUAUGGGAAUGGAGAACAUUUGGCAUUAAUCCAGAAACAGAUGUUGUAUUACUUCUCAUCUGUUUCUGGAUUUAAUGUAUAUGCAAUUGAAAUGCUAGUUACCACCAUCCAGAAUGAAGUUUUACUCUCACCUGCUGAGUCACAUCUGUGUAAAUGGGCUGCACUAGUCAACUGGAAAGGAGGUGGUGGUAAAAACAUUGAAAUAGACCUGUUGCAAGAGAACCGGAACAGGGACAUGAAGGGGCUAAUUAGUUUGAUGGGAGCAAACAAGACAGAGAAGGCCAUCGAAAGGAUGAGCAAGGCAGCUGGAGGAAUCCGUAAGAUUGUAGAUGUUUUUGAAAACCAAGCUUCCAUUAAACAAAAAUCAUCAGCUCACUCGCACAAGUCCUCAUUGGAAGAUGAAAAAAAAGUUCUUGCUGAUUUGCGCAAAUUGAAGCCAUUUUCGUAUGUUCAAGGAAGAUCACAUACAACAUUUGCUGGAAUUUCAUCAAACCCACUUUGUGCUUUUGAUGAAGAAAAGUUUCUGAAUGGUUGA